AUGACGGGACCUCUCCGGAUCGCCGCCAACUCGAAAUGGUCACCGUCCCGUCGGGUACAACGACGUCACGUUACCUAUCCUGUCGAUGCGCGAUCCAAUCGGGGAUCAGGGGUGGGCCUCAUCGUCACGUCGUUCUACCCUUCGUCAUCGAAUCAACGUCAUCCAGUUCGAGAAAGCACAUUAUAUGAGAUGUGUGAGAAUCACCGGCUGAUGGGAGCGGUCGCCCACCAACCAAGGGGCCAUGGUUUUAAAUCUGAGGUGAGAUUAAAUUUAUUUACUUCAAUUGAAUCGAUAAGUAUUUGUGAUCGAAAUAUUCUUGUGAGAGGUUUUGGGAUCGCUGCUAUAUACACCUUGUCCAGCGACAAGCAAUCGGCUUUUCCGCCAAUGAUCCGAUUGGGGAUCGAGAUAGGCCUCAUCGCACGCGAUGGAAUCUUUCGUCAGUCGCCCGAAGCCAAGAGAGUUGCCAUCGUUUCGAAAUGGUUGUUACUGUGA